AUGUCUGAUAUUAUAAUUAAAUAUGUUGGUAAUCACAUAUUCUUAUUAGCUUAUAGGAUGAAGGACGGUGAUGAUGGGUGGAGAUAUGUAAUAGCUUCUAAGAAUCGUCAUGUUAGGGGUGAUAUAUCCACUUGGGGUAAUUACUCAAACAAUAAAAAAUUUGACAAAAAUUUGUUGCCUGAAACUACACCAGCUAAUGUUGACAUUGACAAAGUUGUUGGAAACAUAGAUUCAAUAGUGUCUACCAUAAAAUCUUCAACAUUUUACAGCUUCUUAAGUGAAGCUUUACAUAAAGUUGUUUCUAAAAACUUGAAAAUGAUAGUUCUGGGUUGUGCUAGUCCUACUUGCGGCCCAUUUAUCACUAAUUGCAAAUGCCAAUGGGCACUGGCCAAAUUAUUGACAGUUGACAGUAAUCAUUUAUUUAAAAUAAUAUCGGUCGAAAUUUUUGAUCCGUUAAUGAGCGAUACUGAUUAUCAAAUUUGGCAGCGAUUAAUCGAAUUUCCUAACACAACAGCCGAAACUGAUUGGACACUGCUAAUCAUGCCUCACUGCGAAGUGGACCUUUAUCGCACUGUACUUGAAUCAUUGUCGCAUAAAUUAGACAUUAUUGAAUCUGCAAAGCAAUUGGCAAGCGGAAGCUAUGUUUUCAGAAAUAUUGCAAAACUUAGUAAUGUAAUACUGCUGUCUAAUACCCUAUCCAAUUGUGAUAGUUUGGAUUUAAAUACAGAAAUUACUGAGAUUAAGUUGCCAAAAUUCGAUCCCUACCCCAACGCCUUCAAUGACUUAUACCUUAUUACCAUCGACACCUAA